AACAACGUGAGGUAUAAAUCGGAACGAAUAUGCAAGAAAUCACUUAGAAGCAAAUUAGGCUUUUCAAGAUGCGGUCCCUUCCUUUGAUUUCUCUUCUAGUCCUUUUGGGGUCACUAGGAUUUUGCGAAAAUAUUCCUAUUGCCGGGAGUAAAAUUGAGGAUAAAAACUAUUGGUAUGAGGAAGGCAGAUUGCGUUUGGAAGAAGUUUUGAGGAGAACGCAGAAUCUCAACGUCGCCAAAAAUGUUAUAAUUUUCAUUGGCGAUGGAAUGGGUUUGCCAACUGUGACUGCUUCUCGAAUCUACAAGGGACAAUUGGCCGGGCAAAGUGGAGAGGAGGCCAAUCACUCUUUUGAACUUUUCCCAGACGUUGGGUUAAUCAAGACGUACAAUACGGACAAGCAAGUCCCAGACUCUGCAGGAACAGCGACUGCCCUUUUCUGUGGGGUCAAGACCAAUUACUACACGGCGGGGGUGGACGCAACAGCAACUCUGGGCAUCUGCGACCCUGUGGUCAACGAAGGGGCCAGGGUCGAUUCGAUGCUGAAAUGGGCUCAAGACGCUGGAAAGAAAACUGGGCUUGUCACGACGGCCAGAAUCACGCACGCAACACCGGCGGCUUCUUAUUCGCACGUCAACGACAGGAAUUGGGAGUGCGACGGAGAAAUCCCGGCGCAGUAUCAAACUUGCACCAAGGACAUUGCGAGGCAGUUGGUUGAGGACUCGCCUGGCAAGGACUUAAAUGUCAUUUUCGGAGGAGGAUUGCAGCAAUUGGGUUUUGCAAUCGGUGAUGUCGCUUCCUGCAUCAGGACCGACGGCCUGAACCUCACCUCGAAAUGGGAAUCUGAUCGCCUGGUCGAAGGGGUGAGUCACCGAUUCGUGACCAACAGGGGGCAGAUGGAAGGGUUGAGCACCGAGGAGAAAGUUCUUGGACUCUUUGGGUAUGGUCACAUGGACUACGAUUUGGAACGAGACACCAGUGUCAACGGAUCUCCUUCGAUAAUUGACAUGGUCCAGAAGGCCAUUUCCAUGCUGGAGAGUGCAGCAAAUGGAUAUGUUUUAAUCGUUGAAGGUGGCCGGAUAGAUCACGCACACCACGACAACUUCGCGAAAUUGGCCUUGGCCGAGGCUGUGAAAUUCGACGAAGCGAUAUCUGCGGCACUGAAUGUCACUUCGCGCGACGACACUCUUAUUGUGGUCACCGCCGACCACUCGCACGCAAUGACAAUGAAUGGAUAUCCAGAGAGAGGAAACGAUAUUUUGGGAUUUGCCCAUUCGGAACCGGAGAAACAGCCGCUUUACGAAACGCUGACCUACGCCAACGGACGCGGAUUUAAUGUUCAUCGAAAGGCAGGUGCCAUUGCUGCGGGCGAAUAUCUCUGGAACGACCUUUUGCUUAUGACAGACAGGGAGGACCCAAGGUACAGACACUUUGCGCCGAUUUACGAAUCGUCUGAAACUCACGGUGGAGAGGACGUUGCGAUUUACGCAAUUGGUCCAUAUUCGCACUUGUUUAACGGAGUGUUUGAGCAAAGCUACGUUGCUCACGCCGUCAGUUGCGCCGGAAGGUUUGGACCAAGUGGCACAUAUUGCCAAAUUUAAUUUUAAAAUAAUUUUUGAUGAUAAUUAUAAGAUAAUUAUAAGAAUAAACACUUAAUUUAAAAAUCA